AUGCGUCUGAAAAAACUUGCAAGCAGGCGCAACUUAUCAGCUCUGAUGGCAGUCAUCCUGAUGCAGGUUGUUCUGACAUAUUUGGGCGUACUGUGGGUGGCUCUUGAUAACACUAACGCUGAGGGUAAUCUAUACAAAGUUAAGCGCCAGGACGCGGCUGUCACAAGUUUUGGAGCUAACUCAGCUGAGGACAACAGUGCUCAUCUAAAGACGUCUAACCAAAGUAAACUUCCCAGUGAGAUUUUGGUUAAUGACCCCAAGAAUGUCCUGGUCAGUAAAGUUCGAGUGGCAGGAAGUAAAUUACUGCUUCAGUUGUUUUCAAAGAGCACGUCUUUUUGUGACGGCAAGAUUGAAAUGUUAGACAACGCCGCGGCAAUGUUCAGGAAUGCAGUAGUUGAUCCCUCGCUUGCCAGCGCCCAGGCAGAAAGCAGAGCCAGCAUCAAGGAUGUCCUUUUACAGAAAGAAUCGCUGGAGUUUUACCGCCUUAAAAAGGGAUACCUCACAGUCGACGAUUGCUCCAAUGUACCGGCCCCUGAAAGUUUACAAAUUGACGGGGAAGAUAGCGACCACAUAAAAGAACUGAAUAAGGCAGUGGCAAUUUCAGAGAAUCAUGCAGACGUCAAACAGCAAUAUGACGGUGAUUUUGUAAUCAUGAUAACACGCUACGAGUAUGCCAACGUAUACUGGACUGUCGUUGAUCUCUAUGAUGCUUUCCUUAUGAUGCAACUUUAUAAUAGAACAUUCGACUCAACUGGUAUUCUGAACAUUGUUAAUACCGCCCCUGACCUCUGGCUCUUUGACGCUCACCCACAGUCAAAACUCGAUGAUAUUUUCGACGGGGUGUUCAGGCAUGUAAUCCGACCGAACGACUUCAACCGCCCCACUCGUUUCAGGAAAUUAGUCCAGUGUUUCCAACGAGGGAAAAGCCCUAUUCUGAGAAAGAUUCUUGAGCCUUUACCUCUUGUGAAAGAAUUCAGAAGUCAAGUUAUAGCGGCAUUGAAAAUUGAUCCGCUGGCAGAUCGCAAAAGGCGUUGCGUGGAGAUGCAACUCAACGUGCUCUUUAUUUGGCGCAGGAAUUAUAUUGCGCAUCCACGAAACCCAUCAGGAGUUGUUUCAAGAAAAAUUUCCAAUGAAGACGAACUAUUGAACGUAACAAAAAGUCACUUCCCUAAAUACAGCGUCAUCGGAGAACAACUGGAUGCAUAUCCUGUGAAGAGACAGCUGGAGGUCAUUGGUAACACGGACAUCAUGAUCGGCAUGCAUGGAGCAGGUUUUGGAUUUGUCGUUUUCAUGCAGGAGGGAUCUGGAGUUCUUGAGAUGUGGCCGAAGGGUCUACAGGGAAAUUGGCACAUGGAAUAUCUUGCCAAACGCAACUGGCUUUAUUACAAAUCCUGGCAAAACACCAAAGAGGAAAAUGAAGACAGUAAGGAGAAAACAACUAAAAUAUCCACUGAAGCUGUGAAAAAGUUGGUGGAAGAGUUAAGUGAAAGUGUGUGCUCAAAAUACAUGUAGGAGUAUUUUAUAGUAUCAUCAUUCCAUCCAAUGUUGCAUAGGAACAAUUGUGAAAGGUGAACUUACAUGUACGUCAUAUUUCACAACUCACUCAUUGGCUGAUAUUACUUACGUGAUUUUACUUUAUCAACAAAGUGCAUGGACAUGAGACUUUCUGUAAGUCUUCUCCUUAAUGUGUUAUUGUUCCUGUAGUUCCCUCAGUGAGUUAUAUUCAGACUCUAAUU